UCGAUCCCCAGUACCAAAAAGUUUUUAAUAAAUUUGUUUGACUAGGUAAGUUGUUUUUUUUUUUUGGUACUGGGGAUCGAACUCGGGUCCUUCCACUUGUGCAGCAGGCAGUGAAACCACUGAGCUAAAUUCCCGGCCUUUGACUAGAUAAGUUUUAAUAGAUUUCUAUACAUGUCACAUACUGCUACCAGGAUCAUCUAUGUUAAUUACACAAACAUUAAGAAAUACAUAUUAAGCAAAAAAUUUAAAUGGCCCCAAAUUCUAUUAAACACUAUAUAUGCAUAAGUAUACAUACAUUUUUAAAAAAUGGAAUUGGUUCCUCUAAGCCAUAUGUUACAAAUAUCCUUUCAUGUAAAUACAUAUAGGUCACCAUUUUAAAUUGUAAAAUAGGCAAAACAACUAUUUUAAAAUUUUUUGAGUGCACAGGUGAGUGGUGUUAGGGAGUGAGUGACUGCACGUGCAAUCCCUGCCAUCCAUCUCUACAACUUUCAUAAUUUCUCAAAUUGAAAUUCUGUACUCGUUAAUAGCAUCUUUUUUUCAUGGUACGGGAGAUCGAACUCAGGAGCUUGUGCUUGCGAGGCAGGCUUCGGCACCACUGAGGUAAGGCCCAAUAGCAUAAUUUUUAAUGGCUGUGGGGUUAUAUAUAAUAGGAUUUCCUUCAGAAAUCUCUUUUUUAGGGCCGGGGAUUUAGCUCAGUGGUUUCUCCGCCUGCUGCGCAAGCGUAAGGACCCGAGUUUGAUCCCCCGUACCAAAAAAAAGAAAAAAAAGAAAUCUCUUUUUCACACGAAAACAGUUAAUUUUAUAUAAACUCAAGUUCUUUGUCUCACGAAACAAUAAAAUCGCAGACCAAGUGUUUAUUGGAAACGAGGGGGAAAAAAUCCCAUCCUGGAUGCCCAUCAUGAGGGGUUUCUGGAAAUGGAAAUGCCCGAUUAUCUUUUUUUGUUUCUUGUGUUUGGCCUUAUAUAGAGAGAAGCAACGUGUGGGAGGCUUCGUAGAGUUUUGGUCAAAAAAAAUUAUUUAGCUGGUUCAAAAGAAAGGAAACCGGGUUACUUUGCAUUUCUGUUUUUCCGAAGUCCAGCCUGGAGGUGAGGGAGGGGGUGUUAGCAUACUCCGCCUAAGGUCUCUAAUGGGAGGAAAGGACCUUAGUCCACACUUUUUGUUUUUGGUACCGGAGAUCGAACUCGGGACCUUGCGUUUGCGAAGCAAGCGGCGGAACCGCUGAGCUAAAUCCCUGGCCCUCCACUCUUUUAACUUGUCUUGUGUUUACUUUUGUGUUUCUAAGCUUAACUAAAAUUACCUUUUAACUCGAGUUGUGUGCUGUUUUCUUUGCAUUUAGCUUUCUAAGUACAGCACCUUAGAUUUCUUUCGCUUUCUACUAUAUCAUUAGAUUUCUUUCAGUUUCUACUAUAAAUAUCCUUUAUCACAAUGCUGCAUCAAGAUCUCUUGUGCAUAUAUUAUUUCCACACAAUUCCUAGAAAUGGGACGAGCUCAGGCCCAUGGAAGGAAUUCGUAUAGACACCAGGUAUGCUGUAGAGAACCCGGCUCUGGACGUCCGCAGUGCGAGUCGCCUUUCCUUUUGCAGUGCCUUCCCCCGUCCCUCGUCCCCAGAGUACUGCGGAGGAUUGAACUCAGUACCUUGCGCUUGCCAGGCAGGAGCGGCGCCGCUGAGGUAAAUUCCCAGCCCCUCCUUUUGCUAUUUGCAGCCUGACGUUGUGCGGCAUUGGAAUGGAACCUAGGUCUCGCACAGGCUCCCCUUAUUUUCCUACUGCUUGGGCUUUUUGUACAGAUUCGGCUUUCUAAGCCAGGUGUGCGGGCCGUCCAGACUCCGGCCACCCGGGCUCCCGGUUCCGACGCUGGUCAUCGUCCUGGCGGGCGGGGCUGAGUCCGCGCGCCACGCUCGGCAAACCACCGCUCUGCAGUCCACUGAGCUCUCACUAUUUCUCUCCAGGUUCCUGGCAGCAGCCACCACCAUACCAGAUCUGCACGCUAGGGCGCUAACAGGCUCCGACGCCAGGGUCAGAUGACCUGAGUUAGCUCAUCUCUGCGCGCCACCGGCCGCUUCCGGUACGCUGGCGCAUGCGCGGGCCGGGCCACCAGGUAGUAUUAUCGAGUUAUUCAUCAAACAUCCAAAUGGAGAUGUCAAGGAAAGUGCACCUUCUUCGAGAGGCUGGGAGUGGAGCUGUACUUCCAGGGUCUGUCAGCAGGUGGAGAUGGAAGUCCUGAGUCUCCUGAUGUCAACCCCAGGAGGUGCUUUCAAACCAGUCCCUGGGACCAAUCAGAACACUGAUUGGCCCCAAUGUUCAGGUGGAGACCUGGCUAGGAGAGGGAAGAUACUCCUGGAAGGAGCCGACACGGAAGAGCAACAUGGAAAGGAGACACCCAGAGAGCGGGCAAGGCCUCACCCACAGAGAAGUUCCCCGCUUAGUCGGGCUGCUGCUCACCAUGGCCCUCAUGAACGCUCUCCUUUACCUCUGCCUCGACCAGUUUUUCAGUUCCCUUCGACACUCCACUGAGGACCCCAAGCCCUGUCCCCAUGGUUACUUCAAAAUGGGACAGAUGAAAAAUUGCUCACCCUGGUUGUCGUGCAAGGAGCUGAGAGCAGAAGUGAGGCAGUUAAAGUGCACUGGGGAAGGAGCUGUGAAGAGAGUGUUUCUGUCAGAAUGGAAAGAACGCAAAGUUGCUCUCUCACACCUCACCAGUCUGAAGAUGAAAGAUGAUUUUCUCCAUGGACUACAGAUGCUGAAAUCUCUACAGAGCAAACACAUUGUCACAUUGCUUGGCUAUUGUGAGGAGGACAACACUCUUCUUACUGAGUAUCACCCCUUAGGUUCCUUGAGCAACCUGGAAGAAAUACUAAAUCUUUCCAAGUACCAAAAUGUGAACACAUGGCAACAUAGGCUGCAACUGGCCAUGGAUUAUAUUGGCAUUAUUAACUACCUGCAUCGCAGCCCCCUGGGCACACUCGUCAUGUGUGACUCUAAUGACCUGCCCAAGACUCUGUCACAGUACCUGCUGACAAGUAACUUCAGCAUUGUGGCAAAUGACUUGGAUGCCUUGCCCUUGGUGAAUCACAGCUCCGGGAUGUUUGUGAAGUGUGGCCACAGGGAGCUUCAUGGGGAUUUUGUGGCUCCAGAGCAGUUAUGGCCCUAUGGGGAGCACAGGCCUUUCCACGAUGACCUCAUGCCCUCUUAUGAUGAGAAGAUAGAUAUCUGGAAAAUCCCAGAUGUCUCCAAUUUCCUUCUGGGGCACAUUGAAGGGAGUGAUAUGGUUCGAUUCCAUUUAUUUGAUAUUCAUAAGGCCUGUAAGAGCCAGAUUCCUGCAGAAAGACCUACUGCUCAAGAUAUUCUGGACACUUACCAGAAGGUUUUUAAUUCACUUGGAGAUACUGUGACAUCCCAGACAAGAGAAAUGCUGUAAAAACCAGUGCAGUCCUUGCAGGAUGGGGUUGAAGGACCAAAUGAAGUCCUAUCAGUCUUGCUGUGGUUGGGGAGGUUUUUGCUUGGGCUUCACAUUUCCUUGUGUUUUGCUCUCAGCUAUGUGGUUUGUACUCUACAUCCACCUGCAUAUUUGUGUGCAGCCUGGGGCAGUUGCAAAGCAAGAGGAGAUCAGGACAGAUUUAAUCUGGCUUUUCCUUUCUGAGGCUAUUUUAUUCCUGGUGAAGAUGCAGAGAAGCAGUAAAUCUACCCAAUAUUUGAAGGAAGUAAUAAAAAUGUAGCUGUAGAGAGACUUCACCUAUCCUAAUAAUUGAAUUUCUAAUAAGCUAAUAAUGUAUAUAGAGAAGUUGUUUUUGUUAAAAAUUUUAUUAGUACAUGUUUGCAGUACAUAAUUAUUACACUCAUCGUGAGGUGUUGGGACCUACAAAUAAGACAUCUUUUUAUAUUCGUUUCCUCUACCUUCCUUUCUUCCUCUCUUGGUUCCAUUCCCAUUUGCAAAUGAUAAAUCUCCCCAUUUCCUAUUAUCUUUUAUUUGCUCUUUAUUUAUACUUUGAGUGUUCCAUAAAAGAGAGACCAUAUAUUUAAGCUAUUGUGUCUGUUUUUUUUCACUUAACAUUAUGCUGUCAAAGUACAUCCAUUUUCCUACAGAUAACUCAAAUUUAUCUUUCUUUUUAUCUUUAUAGCAGAAUAGUAUUUCUUUGUGUACAGCACCACAUUUUCUUUGUCCAUUCAUCUGUUGUGUAGAAGGGUUCUUUUUCCCCACAGCCUCACCAGCAUUUGUUAUUAUUUUAUUUCUUGCCAUUCUUUCUAAAGAUGGAAUCUCUGUUUUUUUUUAAUUUUUUUUUUUUUUUUGUACCAGGGAUCAAACUUGGGUCCUUGUGCUUGCGAGGCAGGCGGCAGAACCACUGAGCUAAAUCCCUGGUCCUGAAUCUCAGUGUUUUAAUUUGCAUUUUUCCAGUGGCCAGUGAUGUUGAACAUUUUUUCAUAUGUUUAUUGGCUAUUUGUGCUUCUGAGAGUUGUGUUUGUUUUUUGAGAUAGAGUCUCACUGUAUAAUCCAGGCUGGCCAUGAACUCAAAGUUCUCCUGCCUUAGCCUCCUAAAUCCUGGGAUUAUAUGUGCUGCUGUGCCUGGCUGAGAGAAGAGUUUUAAAUGGCAGAGAAAUUAUAUCACUAGCCUUGGGUAGUGUUUUGAUAUUCCUAUUUAAUUGGGUUUUCUGUGUCCAUAGUUAAUUGUGAACAAUUUUAAUAAACAAAUACACCUCCUUA